CUCUCCACUGGGCCGCACUAAUAACCCACUUUCAAUCUUUAUAAUGACUGAGAAUGGCUAUGAGGAUAACACUGCCUUUCUUGGGGAAUGGGGACCGUUCCAACAGAUGGUGUUCUUUCUCUUAUGUUUGAGUAUCAUCCCUAACGGCUUUACAGGUAUGUCUAUUGUGUUCAUCGGUGAUACACCAUCCCACCAUUGCCUCAUACCAGCAAAUGCGAACAUUACUGGCGAAUGGAGAAAUCACAGUAUUCCUUUGGAGGAGGAAAGCGGGACUAUUGUGCUCAGUAAAUGCGCCAGAUACAAACUCGAUGUCAUACAGAGUUUUUCAGAAAGAGGUUAUGUCCCAGGGAUCGAUGUCAACGUUUCUGAAAUACAACACGAGACCUGUUUGGAUGGCUGGGAAUACGAUCGGGGGACGUACAUCUCCACUAUUGUGUCCGAGUGGGACCUGGUGUGUGCUGAUAAGUGGAAGAACCCAUUGACUUCUUCUGUGUUCUUCUGUGGUGUCCUCACUGGCUCCUUCCUCUCUGGCCAGCUCUCUGACAGGUUUGGGAGGAAAAAUGUUCUCUUUGCCACCAUGGGAGUUCAGACUGUGUUCACAUUUAUCCAGGUCUUCUCUCCAACCUGGGUUGUAUUCUGUGCCUUAUUCUUUGUUGUCGGGAUGGGGCAAAUCUCAAAUUAUGUGGCUGCAUUUGUGCUAGGAACUGAAAUUUUAUCUCCAUCCAAACGGAUAAUCUACUCCACUCUUGGAGUUUGUAUGUUCUACACCAUUGGCUACACGCUCCUUCCAGCAGUGGCCUUCUUCAUCAGAGACUGGAGGAUGCUGAUGCUAGCCCUCACCCUCCCAGGCUUCCUUUAUGUCCCUUUUUGGUGGUUCAUCCCAGAGUCUCCCAGAUGGCUGCUCUCUCAGGGAAGAGUGGAGGAGGCUGAGGCCAUACUGAGAGACGCUGCCAGGAGGAACAGAGUCACAGCACCAGAGGUCAUCUUCCGGCCUGUACAGUUAGAGCCCAAGGCUGGGAAGUUGGUGGCCCACAACAUCUGCGAUCUGGUGAGUUCCAGCAACAUCCGUUGGGUGUCCAUCACGCUGUGGCUGGUCUGGACCAUUCUGUCCAUCGGGUACUUUGCCUUGUCACUGAACACGUCCAACCUGGCAGGGAGCUCCUAUCUGAACUGUUUCCUGUCCGCUGCCAUUGAGGUCCCUGCCUAUACCAUGGCCUGGCUCAUGUUCCGCUGCUGCCCCCGGCGCCUGUGUCUCUUCUCCACUCUGUUUCUGGGUGGGGUGGUGCUGCUCUGCAUAAACCUCAUACCACCAAAUCUGAGCUCUGUGUCCACUGCACUAGAGAUGCUGGGGAAGUUUGGUGUGACUGCAGCUUUUUCCAUCGUGUACGCCUACACGGCUGAGCUCUACCCCACUGUCGUGAGGAACACAGCCAUAGGGGCCUGUUCCAUGGCCUCCAGAGUGGGGAGCAUCUCUGCCCCAUACUUCAUCUAUCUGGGAGGCUGUUCCAAGUCGCUGCCAUACAUUCUAAUGGGGAGUCUUACAGCUCUGUCUGGGUUGCUUAGCCUCCUGCUGCCUGAGAGCCAUCGUAUGCCUCUUCCAGACACCAUCACUCACAUGCAGACCUUCCCAGGAUGGAAAAAGAGAUCCGUGUAUAAACUGAGCCAAUCUACAGGAGAGGAAGAUGUGUCCGAUACUUUGUGACAGCUACUGGACACCUCAGUUGUUCUUUCAACAUGUACUUUUUAUUACCUACCACAUUGUGUAACUAACCAAGAUGCUUAUAAAUAACUUUUUCUAUGCAUUUUCUAUGUAUGAAGUAUCAGUAUUGUUUUGCAUAUUUUGUACUUAAAGUUGAAGUCGGAAGUUUACAUACACCUUAGCCGAAUACAUUUAAACUCAGUUUUUCCACAAUUUCUGACUUUUAAUCCUUGUAAAACUUCACUGUUUUAGGUCAGUUAGGAUCACCACUUUAUUGUAAGAAUGUGAAAUGUCAGAAUAAUAGUAACGAGAAUAAUUUAUUUAAGCUUUUACUUCUUUCAUCACAUUCCCAG